AGGGGGCGGGCCCCGGCCGUGUUUGGGGUCGGGAAAGCGAUCAGGUCGCCCCCUCCUCGGAUUCCCCCGCCUUCCAAUGCGGCCUCCAGCCCAGAGGGGGCGGUCCGGGGGCGGGGUCGCACCUCCCCUUUUCGCUCCCAAUCCCGCGGCUGCGGGGCUGAGAUGGGCAGGGGGUGUCAGGUCGCCCCCCGCGGUUGGAGAAUUUCCCCCCAUCCAGAACGCGCUCCUGGUCCCCGGUCCCGAGGACACACUCUGCUGCCGCCCUCCCAGGGGUCUCAGGCGGCUGCAGUCGUGUCCUCCGCGUCCCGGCGGCCGCGGAGCAGGAGGGGCCCGCCCCAGGAGUGACGCAGCCGUUGCCAUGGGUCGCCUUAUAAAUAACCGGGCUCAGGAGAAACUUUAGCGAGUCAGAGCCGCGCACGGGACCGGGAAAGCGACCCACUGGAGGGGUCCAGCCGCCAGCCCCCGCACUAAUAGCGGCCACCUCGGCAGCGGCGAUAGCAGCAGCAGCGACACAGCAACGACAGCUCGGAACAGGGAGGCCGCGCCACCUGCGGGCCGGCCGGAGCGGGCAGCCUCUAGCCCCCUCCCCGGGCACCCGCGUUCAUGCAACGCCUGGUGGCCUGGGACCCAGCAUGUCUCCCCCUGCCGCCGCCUCCUGCCUUUAAAUCCAUGGAAGUGGCCAACUUCUACUACGAGGCGGACUGCUUGGCUGCUGCGUACGGCGGCAAGGCGGCCCCCACGGCCAGACCCGGGCCGCGCCCCCCCGCCGGCGAGCUGGGUAGCAUAGGCGACCACGAGCGCGCCAUCGACUUCAGCCCGUACCUGGAGCCGCUGGGCGCGCCGCAGGCCCCGGCGCCGGCCACCGCCACGGCCACGGACACCUUUGAGGCGGCUCCGCCUGCGCCCGCCCCCGCGCCCGCCUCCUCCGGGCAGCACCACGACUUCCUCUCCGACCUCUUCUCCGACGACUACGGGGGCAAGAACUGUAAGAAGGCGGCCGAGUACAGCUACGUGAGCCUGGGACGCCUGGGGGCCGCCAAGGGCGCGCUGCACCCCGGCUGCUUCGCGCCCCUGCACCCGCCGCCCCCGCCGCCGCCGCCGCCCGCCGAGCUCAAGGCGGAGCCGGGCUUCGAGCCCGCGGACUGCAAGCGGAAGGAGGAGGCCGGAGCGCCGGGCGGCGGCGCCGCAGGCAUGGCGGCCGGCUUCCCGUACGCGCUGCGCGCCUACCUCGGCUACCAGGCGGUGCCGAGCGGCAGCAGCGGGAGCCUCUCCACGUCUUCGUCGUCCAGUCCUCCAGGCACGCCGAGUCCAGCAGACGCCAAGGCGCCCCCGGCCGCCUGCUACGCUGGAGCCGCGCCGGCGCCCUCGCAGGUCAAGACCAAGGCCAAGAAGACCGUGGACAAGCACAGCGACGAGUACAAGAUACGGCGCGAGCGCAAUAACAUCGCCGUGCGCAAGAGCCGCGACAAGGCCAAGAUGCGCAACCUGGAGACGCAGCACAAGGUUCUGGAGCUCACGGCCGAGAACGAGCGGCUCCAGAAGAAGGUGGAGCAGCUGUCGCGCGAGCUCAGCACCCUGCGGAACUUGUUCAAGCAGCUGCCCGAGCCCCUGCUCGCCUCUUCUGGCCACUGCUAGCCGGGCCCCCGCGCGCGUCCCCCUGCCGGCCGGUGUCCGCGCCGCCGGGCGCGCCGUGGCCGCUGAGACUCCGGGGAGCCCCGCGCUCUCGCUCCGCCCCCGCUCCCGGUGGCGCCGGCAAAACUUUGGCAUUGGGGCACUUGGCAGCGCGGGGAGCCCGUCGGUAAUUUUAAUAUUUUAAUAUAUAUAUAUCUAUAUUUUUGUCCAAACCAACCGCACAUGCAGAUGGGCCGCCCGUCCGGGGUGUUAUUUAAAGAAGAAACGUCUAUGUGUACAGAUGAAUGAUAAACUCUCUGCCUUUCCUCUGCCCCCUCUCCAGGCGCCGGCGGGCGGGCCGGUUUCGAAGUUGAUGCAAUCGGUUUAAACAUGGCUGAACGCGUGUGUACACGGGACUGACGCAACCCACGUGUAACUGUCAGCCGGGCCCUGAGUAAUAGCUUAAAGAUGUUCCUACGGGGUUGUUGCUGUUGAUGUUUUUUUUUGUCUUUUUUUUUGUAUUAUAAAAAAAUCUAUUUCUAUGAGAAAAGAGGCGUCUGUAUAUUUUGGGAAUCUUCCGUUUCAAGCAUUAAGUAAGAACACUUUUAAUAAACUUUUUUUUUGAGAAUGGUUAAAAA